AUGGGAGAAACAGCUGGAACGGGAGCAGUCUCAAGUUACAAAAACACUAUUAAAUACAUGAAGCGUUUGGUUGGACUUCCAUUUGAUGACCCACGAGCCAAAAGGGAAAUGGAGAUGGUCCCAUUUGAAUGCGUACCAAUGAAGCACUCCCUAGGUGGCCCUGAUAGUAUUGCUGUCAAAGUUAGUGUCGAUGGUGACGAAAAGAUUAUCCCAGUCGAGAAUGUAUGCGGUAUGAUCAUCCAUCACAUGGGAAUGAUUGCUGCCACUAAGGCUGCCGAGACUUCUGGUAUGGCCAACACUGCUGAUUUGACAUCAUUCUUCCCACAAGAUUGGGUUGUUGCUAUUCCUUCGUACUACACCGAUUCACAAAGACGGGCUUUGUUGCAUGGAUGCGAGGUUGUUGGAAUUCCUGGAGUCCAAAGGCUAAUGCACGAAAACACGGCCACGGCAUUGGCAUAUGGAAUCUUUAAGGAUAUCCGAAAACAAUUCGAAAACGAAGAGCCUACAAAUAUCAUGUUCAUUGACAUUGGUGCAUCGCAAUACACAGUUAGCAUUGUUUCAUUUGAACCUGGAAAGUUGAUUGUCAAGUCGUCUUGUCAUGACAGCGAUUUGGGUGGUCGGGACUUUGAUCAAACCAUUGCAAAUUGGUUGGCCGAUAAGUUUGUAGAGAAGUUCUCUAAGAAGCUUUCCUCAACUCCUCAAAAGAAGCCCAAGGUUAUGCUCAAGUUGUUGGCUGCGGCUGAAAAGGCAAAGAAGACACUUAGUCCCAAGGGAGUCAAGGAGGCAUCUAUCAAUCUUGAAUGCUUGAUGGAAGAUUUGGACUUUAACAUUAUGCUCAAAGCCCAAGAAUACGAGGCCAUGUGUAAGCCUUUGUUAGACAGAUUUGAGGCGCCCAUCGUCAAGGCCCUCGCUGAUGCCCAGAUGAAGUCCAGCGAUUUGUCUUCGAUUGAAAUUGUUGGAGGAAGUACCCGUAUCGGAUUUGUCAAGACCAAACUAAUGCAAAUCUUGAAGGUCAAGACACUGUCGACAACCAUGAAUGCCGACGAAGCGGUCGCACGUGGAGCUGCUUUGCAAUCGGCAAUCCUUUCUCCCCGUUUCAAGGUGUUGCCAUACGAAAUUAUCGAAUCGAACCCAUUGCCCAUCAAGCUCUCUUGGGAUGAAGCUGCUGCUGUGGAAGGCGAAGAUGGGGCACCGACAAACUCUGUUACCAUGUUUGAUCGUGGAUUGAGUUUCCCCAUUGUCAGAAGAGUUACCCUUCGACGAACUGGGGACUUUUCUGUCUCUUGUGCUUACGAUCAAGCUGCUUACGACCAUGGCUUGCCCGCGGGUGUCUCGGCCGAGGUUGCUGAUUGGUCCAUCAAGGUACCAGAAGGAGAAGAGAAGAAGAUCCGCGUCAAUGUCAAGGAAGACAUCCAUGGUAUCAUCAGCUUGAGUUCAGCUCAGAUGGUUGAGGAUAUCGAAGAAGAAGAUGGCGGCGAAGAAGCAAAGGAGGGUGAGGAAAAGAAGAAGAAGGUCAAGAAGACCAACUUGGAGUACAAAUGCACACAGGCUAUGGACUGGACCAAGGAUGAAAUCAACAAAUUCCGAGAAGUUGAGGUCGCUAUGGCCAACCAAGAUCGCAUUGUUCGUGAAACUGCUGAUAUGAGAAACGAUUUGGAAUCGUACAUUUACAGCAUGCGCGACAAGAUCACAUCCGAUUCGCAAUUGGCCAAUUAUGCAACCCAGGCAGAAAAGGAUGCGUUUGACAAGAAGCAAAUGGAAAUUGAUAACUGGUUGUACGAAGAUGGAUUCGAUGCAACAAAGUCUGUAUAUGCCGCCAAGCUUGCUGAGCUCAAGAAGAUCGGUGGACCAAUCGAAGCUCGUGCUUCUGAAGCUGAAGGCCGACCGGCCGCCGUUGCUGCCAUCCAAGGCACUGUUGAGAAGUACAAGAGCUGGUUGUCUAGUGCUCAAGGCAAUGAUAAAUACGCACACCUCACUGAUGAAGACUUUGAAAAGUGCCACAAGGCAUGUGAUUCAACAUCGAGUUGGGUGUACGAUAUGCUGGACAAACAAGGAUCGCUCGGACAAGACGUCGAUCCUGCAUUCACUAUAGCUGACUUGAGUGUUAAGAGCCAAGAACUCACGAAUGUUGUUGGCCCAAUCAUGCACAAGCCCGCUCCAAAGCCAAAGAAGGAAGCGGCUCCACCAAAGGAGGAAAAGCCAGCAGAAGAGGGAGCUGGCGAGAACAUGGAUGUUGACGAGUCAAAGGAGGACGGAGAAAAAAUGGAAACUGAAGAAUAA